AGUCCCUGGUGGCUACACUCACACUAGAACCUGUCCAGCAGUGUCAUCAAAGGCAGAGCAGAGAGGGGAGCAGGGUUCCUGCACCUUCCUUCAGCUAACCCCCAGAGCAUCAAGAACCUGGCACAGGGAGGCUCCAUGCUGCGCACACUAAUCCACAAACCCGGCCUUUAAUCCCAGUUUUACUGCAAGGGGUAGGGUUGUCCACUGCUCUUUGAAAUCCCAUGUGCCUGCUUGGAUUAUGGAGCUGCCCUGUCUUCCAACUGAGACCCCCACCUCUGCCAGCUCCUGCUCCUCGGAUCCCCUGUAUGACAACUGUCCACCUUUUGGCCAGCGAGGCAGGGCCAGGGAGAGGGAAAUGGAGAGCAGGGUUGAGUUUCCUUUAGUAACCAGACUCCCAGGGUCCAGCAGCACUCUGCCUGGUUUGGUCACAUCUCUGGCUGAGGUUCAGACAGGGGUUGUUGGAGGAAGAGAGCCUGGCUCUUGGCCAGAUCCCAGUUACUGCAGCUGCAGAGGCAGCCUGGGAAGACAAGCCUGGGAAUCAGAGCUUCUUUCAAACAAAUACAAAAGAGGAGGACAACAGGGAGUUAACUGGCAAACAGAGGAUGGGGCUUAUCAGAGCCGAAGCCCCUGCCCGUCACACGGCGAAGAGCAUCGAAGCGCUUUGUCACUGUAUGAUAACCUCACAGAAACAGGAAUACCCAGCAGCUUGGAGGAGGUCUUCGACAUAGAGAUGAACCUGCAGGAGCAUCUCAACAAGCACACGCACAAUCCAUGGGUCCCUGAGCGUACUGAAGAAGCGAUGCAGAGUGAUCCUCUGAGCAAAGACAAGAACAUCUGGCCCUCUUGUGACAUCUCCAUUGGUGACCGUUUCUCAUGUAAACAGGAGCAGAAUCCAGACCAAGACGAGAAGCAGGAACCAGAGCUGGACUCAGGAUCCUGCCAUCGACAGGACCUUCAACAGCCUUCCCAGACAGGCCACAUGAAGUGCCAGGAUCUGUGGCCUCUUGCUGAAAGCAAGUGUUCAAAGGAGGGUCCAGUGUCUCUGAGGGUGCCACCUCCUGUUCCCCUGGCUGACCCGUCUGCUAGUGCUCUAAGAAGCAUCCUGACAGGCCUCCAGCAGCAGAUCAUCAAGCAGAGAGAGGAGUAUGAGGAGCGAAUCAUCAGCCUGGAACAAAGAAAUGAGGAUCUGCAGGUGGAGGUUAUUCGCCUGAAGACGAAUCUCUCACAGCAGCGCCAUUGGUACCAGGUGGUCCAGGCUAAGAUAAUGGAGUCUGAGAAGGCCCGAGCUGCUGCAGAGCUCCGUAACGCGACGCUGCAACGGGAGAUGGAUCAGUUCUUUGACACCUUUGGAGAGCUCAACAGUGAGGCAAAGAAGACAGAAUACAUUGUCAAGAGUUUCUGAAGAGAGUUCAUGAGUCAUAUUGAGGACAUAAGAAGGCUAUAAGGACUUAAUAUGAGUUUAAGUUUGAGCUUUUAUGAACGAGCUGAACAAACUGUAAUAUGUGCAUAUCAAUAAAGUAGGUAAUUAAACAUUUAUUUCUGCACUUUCA